AUGGCCAAAACAUCCGAAAUCAUGCACCAUCUUUCUCAAUCAACCAUCGCUUCUAGCCAGUCAAACAAUCAGGCUCGCGACACUGAGGACUCAACCAACUCAAUCCCGAUGCGCACUGAAGACAACUGUAAGGUCAGCAACAACCACCACGGAGAGAGCGGGCGACACGUACGAGACGUCGAAUCCAAAAACGAAAAGCUGCGAUCAAAGAACAAGAAGCUCAAGGCCAGGAUCAAAGACCUGAAAGCAAGAGAAAAGGAUACCGACAAAUCGAAGUCCGGCACCUCGUACCUGGAACACCAAGUCUGGAGGCUGGAACGAAAAGCCGACAGACUCAUAUACAAACUGGCCAAGGAACGAGCAGAGCGUGUAGCAGAACGUGCAGAACACUAUAAACUCGUCCAAACGUUGACCAAGGAACGUGCGGAACGUGCAGUAGAACUUGCUGAAAGCGACAUUCUCGAUCGAAUUUUGACCAAAGAACGCGCAGAACGUGCAGAAGAGAAUGACGAACGCGAAAUCGAUUCUCUUGGAUGA